AUGGAAAUCAAGCCCGGGGAGAAUAUCGGAGUCUGCGGACGCACAGGUAGUGGGAAGAGCUCAUUGAUCAUGACUCUCCUACGUUUGCUUGAAGUUACCCCCGAGAGUACUAUUCUCAUCGACGGCUUGAAUAUUACCAAGAUUCCUAGACAGCUUGUACGCUCAGUUGUCAAUGCCAUACCUCAAGACACUUUUGUGUUCAAAGAAUCAGUUUGCCUCAAUGCGUCCCCUUCGAAAACGCAUAGAGAUGAAGAGAUCAUCGACGCACUCCGCCAAGUCCAUCUUUGGUCCCUUAUUGAGUCUAAAGGGGGACUGAAUGUGGACUUGGACGAGGAUUUCUUUUCGCCUGGCCAGAAACAGCUUUUCUGUCUCGCCCGAGCUCUUCUUCGUAAGGGGAAAAUUGUUGUUCUGGAUGAGGUUUCUAGCAGUAUUGACAUUGUUACCGAUAAACUCAUUCAGGAAGUGAUUCGUCAGGAGUUUCACGGAGUGACAGUCAUUUCGAUCGCACAUCGGCUUGACAGCAUCAUCGAUUUUGACCGCAUCGCAGUCCUCGGUGAUGGGCAAUUGUUGGAAUUUGACACACCACAAACCUUGUUGAAUGAGCGAUCUGCCUUCUGGGAUCUGUAUAACCAAUAA